AUGCCUUCCAUGCCACCUCGGCCAAUCCAGAAGCAGCUUGGUAAGAACCGCUGGGGAAGAGAGCAGUACGUGACUAGAGCAGAUCUGUUGAAUGGUAUCUUGGCCAUGUCAAUCACGGUGCCCCACCAUAAUUCCGUGAGUCUGCAGGAAGCACCUUGGCGCCGAGCAGCUGUCCAGCGUGGCCUUUGUGUGAUGGAGAGCAGUAGCUUCCUCCUUUCAGCCGAGAUCCACCGACGAUUGAAGCGGUUCUAUGGCAAGCUUCACGCAGUGACGUCGCCUGCGAAUUGGCUAUGGCCCAUUCACGGUUUGGACGGGGCAUCCCGGCUGGAGAGGAUCACGGACGGCUUCUUAAAGUCCUGCCACGGUCUUCGAGUUCAUCUCUUGGAGUUUGCAUUCCAGCCGGCAGAAGUUCAAAAGGUCUUGGGCACUGCGAAUGCAUGGAGCCCGCCACCACCUCCGGCCAAAUCAAAUCAGUACGAAGGUACUUUCCAGUCAUUCCUGGGCGUGCGGGCUCUGCAUCUGGAGUUAUCCGUGCAACCACUGAUGACCCGACAGGGGGGUGUUGAGUGUGCCCUGUUCCUCGAGCUUCGGCUGGGCCAAAGCUUGCCCGAGAGCGCCUGGGCACACGUCUUGGUUUGGUCCGGCACAGAGGCCUUCCCCGGCGACGCCCGGGGCGGCGAGGAGCCUGACGAGCCCAUGUCGGCCAUGCAAGUACGCCUGCCCAAAGGCUGCCACUGCCACCUGGCGGCCGUAAGAAAAGUGUAA